GAAUGAUGUCGUACCUGAAAGUUAUGAUCAUAUGGAACAUACUUUGCUUAUCCCUGGUGGUCCUUUCACUGUCCUUGAUUCCAGAAGUGUCUUCUCAAGAUGUAUCGAGCUGUACAGGGAGAUGUGGGGCAGGGUAUUCUAGAGAGCAUGACUGCCAGUGUGAUUUUAACUGUCACCACUACAUGGAGUGCUGCCCUGACUUCAGGAAAGUCUGCAUAGUGGCCGCCUCCUGCGAGGGACGCUGCUUCGAAGCCUUCGAGAGGGGCAGGGAGUGCGACUGCGACGCCGACUGCGAGCGGUACGGAAAAUGCUGCCCAGACUACGUCAAGCACUGUAAAGAGGCACACACAGAAAAGCCAACCCCAGAGACUCCUCCAGACAACAAAUCUAAAAGGUCCUCCACAGAUGAGGAAGAGUCACCAGUGGAAGAUCCUGAAAUCCAAGUGACCACUCCUGCGCCAACCACAGAACCUGCAGAGACAACCCCUGAGGCCACAGAGGAACCAGCCACGGAGGGUGACCCUCCCACUCCGGAUACAGAAGAUGUGACCCCUGAUGCCACAGAGGAGCCACUGACUGACAUGGACCCAACUGACCUGCCCCCAACACAGGACCCAACCCCCGACGCCACCGAGGCAGAAGCAACAGAUAGCGAGCUCCCCACCAGCCCCACGCCUGAAGAGACAACCCCAGAGGAGCCGACAACACCAGCACCAGAGGAGACAACACCAGCACCAGAGGAGACAACCCCAGAGGAGCCGACAACACCAGCACCAGAGGAGACAACCCCCGAGGAGCCGACAACACCAGCACCAGAGGAGCCAACUCCAGAGGAGCCGACUACACCCGCACCAGAGGAGCCGACAACGCCCGCACCAGAGGAGCCGACAACGCCCGCACCAGAGGAGACAACCCCCGAGGAGCCGACAACACCAGCACCAGAGGAGCCAACUCCAGAGGAGCCGACUACACCUACCCCAGAGGAGCCAACAACGACCAAACCCAGAGAGCCAACCCCAGAGGAGACAACCACCUUGGCAGACUCUCCCACCACCCCCAAACUUGAAAAAACAACCCCAGAGGAGCCAACAACCAAGGCAGACUCUCCUGCCACCACCCCCAAAUCUGAAGAAACAACCCCAGAAGAAACUACAACCAAGGCAGACUCUCCCACCACCCCUAAAGCAGAGGAUGCUGACUCUCCGACCAUCCCUGCAGCUCCUGAGGCCAGUAAAGCCACGGCUUCUCCGGGAAGUGCUGAACCCACAACUGUUGGGAUGGACUCCCCCACAGCUGGGGCAGAGACAAUGCUUUCAGAUACCACAAUUGAGAACAAGGAGACAACAACACCAAAGAAAGAUAGAACUACUCUGCUUAAAGACAUUUUCACAGCUGCAACUGGGAAAGAUACAGUUACUGUAGCUAUGGUGACAACAGCUAAACCAGGUGAUUCUCCUAAAGGUAUGGAUGACCUUCCAAACACAGCUCCUAUGGGCAAAGAACCUGUCACUGCAGCAGCUGAAUCAGAAACAACUUCUACAGACACCAAGACUGCUACAACAGCAGCCACAGCUCCCUUGCCCGAUCCCACUGUGCUGGUAACAACCAUCAAAGAUUCAACUCCUCAGCCUGCUGAGGCUGUAACACCAAAUGAAACAGAGACAACUACAGACGCUGAGCAGGCAGGGCCAGCAGCAGACAAAGAGAGCCCAGGUGCUGCUUGUGUUAUUGUGGAGAUGACAACAGCUGGUAAAAAAGAAGUAACAACCAUUAAAGAAAUGGGCACCACACCUGAAAAAGAAAUGGAAGGUGUCACUGAAAAGGCCCCUGGUACUGCCAAAGAAGAGGUAACUACAGUUACCAAAGAAACCACAACAAGGGAUAAAAAGGACACAAUAGAAGAAAUGUAUCUUGUGUUUAAUGGGACAUCCAAGCCAACAAUACAUUUCCAGGAGGUCACUGAGACGACAGAAGAGCCACACCCAACUGAACCUGAAACUCUGCCAGCAAAAGAAGAACCUGAGAUAAACAAGCCUUUAAUACAAGUUGGGGACCUGCCAAUGAUCCCUGGAGAAACACAAGAGAAGAACGACGAGAAGGACCUGUGCAGCGGCAAGCCAGCGGACGGCAUGGUGGCCCUGCCCAAUGGCACCCUGGCCGUCUUCCGAGGUCACUAUUACUGGCUGCUGAACGGCCGGACCCCUCCGACCACCAACCCCCGCCGGAUCACCGACGGCUGGGGCAUCCCCUCGCCCAUCGACUCCGUCUUCUCCAGGUGCAACUGCGAUGGGAAAACCUUCUUCAUCAAGGGUCCCCUGUACUGGCGCUUCACUAAUGGUGUUAUGGAUAAUGGCUAUCCCAAACCUCUUGCAACUGGAUUUGCAGGGUUAAGUGGGAGAAUAGUAGCAACCCUCCCUGUGGCAAGAUACAACAACAGACCAGAAUCUGUUUAUUUCAUCAAAAGAGAUGGGAACAUGCAGCAGUAUGUGUACAGACAAGAACCAGCCAAGAAGUGUCAGAGAAGAGCCCGGGUCACCAUCAGAUACCCAGCCUUUGUCCCCAGAGUUGUCAUCCGGCGGCGCUUCCAGCGUGCUGUGCGAAUGCCGACCGUCAUCCGCACCGUCAGGAUCAACUCCCACCCCUCUGGAGUUCUGCGCAAGGAAAUCCAAAUGACAACGUACUGGAGAGGGCUCCCCAAAGUUGUCCACUCGACUCUCUCCGUGCCCAACCAGAACAAGCCCGAUGGCUACGACUACUAUGCCUUCUCUUACAAUCGGUACUACAGUUUGGAUAUUGGCAAAAGAAUAGCACGACCUGUUACUGCUCUCACAGGAAAGACUGUAACCAAAGACUGGUACAACUGUCCCAGCAAGUGAGGCACAGCAGAGGAGUUUAAAUCAAGAU